AUGGAUCUCAAUAAGAAUUCCAAAGAGGAAAAAUUGACAAAAAAAAGAGGAAUGUAUAAAAAAUAUUGUUAUAGGGAUAAUGUUUCACAUAUACCAUUAAGGACAAAACAGUAUUGGGCAGCGAAAAAAAUAAAAGAAAAGAACAUCGAUGACAAUAACCUCCAAUAUGAAACUCCAAAUUCUAGUGGAUCUCAAAAUAUUGAGUCGCAAAGUCUUUUUCAAAAAAGUUUGAUUGAAGAAACAAAACAAAAUGAUAGUUUGUGUUUCAACGAUGCGAACAAAUCGAUUUCUUGCGUAAGCGACAGCAAAAAUCCUGAGAAAUCGACUGAAAUAAAUUCUUUACAAAUUUGUAAUUUGGUUGAAGUGCAGAAUUCAUCUGAUAAUUUAAAUUCACCGCUUUGUUCUUCUACCGAACCAAGAGAUAAUACUAAAACACUUCAAAAAAAUGUAUUUUCUAUUGACGAUUCGAUAGCGGCAUUAAUUUUUUUAACUAUUAAAUUACGUCAUAACUUAACAUAUGUUGCUACUCAAGACUUUGUUCGUGGUAUGUCAGUUUUGAAUGAUUCAACAGUAGUUAAAGCAACUAAAUAUCAUUGGAAAAAAAUCGUGGAUAGUUUUUCUGACCCCAUAACUAUUCAUCACCUUUGUCCAACCUGUGGGUCUUACUUAGGAGAGCAAAAAUAUGUAAAUUAUGGUCAAUUAAAUUUAACCAAAGAAGUCGCAAGCCGAAUCGAUAAUAACAGCACGGAAGAGAACAUUGAAACAUUCCAUUGCAAUAAUUGUAAUAAAGACAUUAACAUCGAAUCUAAUUAUCAAUCUGGGAAUAUAUUCUUUUAUUUUUCAUUAGGUUACCAGCUCAAAGAAUUAUUUGAAAAUUCAACUUUUCACAAAGAUUUAAAACAUCCUCUAGAAAAAAAAAAUAAGUACGCAUUUGAAGACAUUAUUGAUGGUAAUUUGUAUAAAAAAAUUGUAGACUGCGAUAUGAUAAGUAUUACAUUUAACACAGACGGUGUCCCUGUGUUUGAUAGUUCUAACUGUACUGCAUAUCCAAUACUAUGUUCAAUUAAUGAGUUACAUCCGUUAAAACGCAAAAAAAAAGUCCUUCUUGUAGCUCUUUGGGUUGGAACUGGAAAACCUCAAUCUCUUCAAGAAUUUUUUAAACCUUUUGUUUCUGAAGCAGAAAUUUUAUAUCAGAAAGGAUUUAAUUAUAAUUAUGAAGGACAAAAAUAUACAAAAAAAUGUUGUGUCGUGUUAAGUAUUAACGAUGCAUUAGUUCGCCCAAAACUUCGUAAUUCAAUGCAGUUUAAUGGUCAGUAUGGAUGUGGGCUGUGUCUAAAUGCUGGAAAACGAAUAGAUAAAGGCCGAGGCAAUGUAAAUAUUUAUCCAAUUGAAGCAAAUAACGCUUAUGGUGAAGGUUUGAGAACAUAUGCCGAGACUAUCAGACAUGCUGCACAAAGAAAGAAAGGUAUCAAAGGUGAUUCAGUGUUAUCAUACAUCCCGAGAUUCGAUAUCAUAUUAGGCAUUGAUGUUGAUUGGAUGCACUGCGUUGGGCUAGGGGUGUGCCGUCAGUUUGCAAAACUAUGGUUCGACUCUGCAAACAGUGAUGAAGAUUUUUAUUUGGGCUUAGCUAUUGAAAUAGUCGACGAUCUUCUAUUAUCGUAUAAACCAACUUCAGAUAUGUCCAGAACAACUCGUAAGAUGUCUGAACGUAUUUACUGGAAAGCUCACGAGUGGAUCGCUUUUUUACUGUUUUACAGUCUUCCUGUGCUGCAAGUUGUUGCUGAAAAAAAAUAUUUGAAUCAUUGGGCACUCCUCAUAGAUGGCAUAUCUCUUUUAAUACAAACAUCUGUUAUGCCUUCAGAUAUCCAUUAUGCUCAUAACAGUUUAAUUGGAUUUAUAAAUGGUGUGAAUGACUUAUACGGAGAAAAAGAACUAUCUUUCAAUGUUCAUUCAUUAUCUCAUUUAGCUCAAAGUGUCAAAAAUUGGGGUCCACUUUGGGCACAUGAUUGUUUUACGUUUGAAAAUUUCAAUCAAGAAAUUUUAGAAUCCAUACAAAGUUCCAAUGGAGUAGCUCACCAAAUUUAUGAUCGAUUUCGCACUAAAUGUGUUGUUACGAAAUUAAAUAAUAUUCUCUCAGAAGAUUUAUCACAUCAACAAAAACAAUUUAUUGACGAACUAUUAGGAAAUGAAAAAAAAUUGAAUUACACACAAAUAAUCGAUAAUGUUAAAUUAUUAGGCCAACCUCGUGUUCUUCAGCUAACUCGAGAGCAGUUUCUUGCUUUCCAACGACGCCGAAUAUGUAUUGAAGAAAAAAGUAUUGUUCAACAUUACGAUCGUGCAGUAAUAGAUCAUCAAGUAAUUCAUAGUAAUUUAUAUGAAAGAUGCAAGAAGAGAAAUAACCGUUGUGUCAAACUUUCAAAUGAUGAAAUAUUUGAGAUUGAAUCAUUUGUGUUGACGACAUUAGAAAAUAAAACAAGUUGCUAUGCUGUUGGUUGGUAUUUUGAAAAAAUAAAUGAACCUUUUAUUGUGGACAGAAAAUUGCAACAUAUGCACAAAUUAAGAGGCAGGCUUAAUUGCUUGGGCAUUGCUUAUCCAUCCGAGAUUGUUGAAAGAGUAACAUUACUUCCAAUUCACAAUACAUCGAACUAUGUAGCAUGUGUGCAUCCCAAUCGCUUUCAUUUAAUCAAUUGACUUAUUUCCAUAGUUACUAUAAAUAAUUUAAUAAGUAUAAAAUAAAAGUA